AUGGGAGAAAAUACGGCUCCCUUUAGUGAUGAGAAGUCCCAUAGAGGACCAAAUGCAACAUCUAGAUUUGAUACUAUGCUUGAUCGAGACGUAAAAUUAAAAUCGAAAAAAUUUGCUCUAAAUUACGAGGAAGAAUUGGAAAGAAUACAAAUUAUUAUUAUCAAAACAGAUGAUAACAGGGAACUACAUUUGAUAGAUGAACAAGAUAAACUAACUUAUGAUAAAAUUUACGAGUUUGUCAAAAUAAAUCAUGAUGCCAAAUUAAUGGACGUCGUUGAUCACUUUCAAAAUGAUCCAAACAGCGAUGCAAUUGCUAAAAUUGUGCUUGGAUAUAAAUAUCCCGAUUAUAUCUUGAAGUUUAUAGAUAAUUCAAUAUCUGAACAUAUUUCAAUACCUGAACGAGAGCGACAACACAGACGCAGUAAUUUCGAACGUUUGCUAUUACGUUCUGGGCUCAUUCUUGAACAUGAAAAGGAUUUACAUUUGAAAUGUACUUAUGUAAAAGUUUUCGCACCAUUCGAGAGAUUAUGUGAAGAAGCGAAAAACAUUAGGCUCAAAAUGCGUUUAGAUGAUCAUUAUUUACCAACAAUUGAAAUAGACCCACCUGCAAGAUCUUUCUUAUAUCCAAUUACAAAAUAUUUUAAACAUGAAAUAAAUUUAAAUAAGGGAUCCGCUUUUUUUAGAAGAGACCGGUUAAGACAAUUUGAAGGAGCUGGUCCUGAAAAAUCAAUUGGCAAAAUCAUCUUGUAUUUCUUUCCUUCUUCAAGAAGGAUUUUAAUGGUUAAUCGAAUAAUUGGCACCGCAAAUCAAAUUCAUAUCAAAAAAGUACUUGAUAAUUCAGAACCGAUCGUUUAUAAAAGGAUUAUUAAAUCAUUAUCCAUAAAAGUAUUGCACAAAAAUAAAACUUACAAUGAUAUUUAUCCACUUCAUGAUGGUAAACCUGUUUCACCUUUGCCUUUAGAAGAGAUGAAUUUAAGAGCGAAACUAAAUGAAUUAUGGGUCAAGUCUAAAAGAAGACAACCUUUAGAAACGAUCAGACUCUAUUUCGGAGAGAAACUGGCCUUGUACUUUGCUUGGCUUGGUUUUUAUACUACGUGGUUGGCAAUAGCGUCUAUCAUUGGAGUAAUUGUUAUUAUCUACGGAUUAUUAGAAUAUUUUGUCUUUGGAUUUGGUUCAGAAAAUGCAAACCAAGAUGUUUCUAUAAUAUGGGAUAAUGCUCUUACAGCCCCCUUUGCUUUAUUCAUGGCCAUUUGGUCAACAUGUUUCUUGGAAACUUGGAAAAGAUUUAAUACCGCGAUCCAAUAUGAUUGGGAUGUUUUGGAAUAUGAAAAAGAGGAAUUGCCAAGGCCAGAAUUCUACGGAACCGAACUAAGAAGAUCGCGGAUUACAAUGAAACAAGAAAUUCAUUUUCCAUUCAAAGAAAGAUUCCAAAAAAUAUUAAUCUCUGUUUUUGUUGUUUUGAUUUGUGUUAUGAUAGUCAUUGUGUCAGUUUCAGCUUUAUUGAUUGCCCCUAAACUUUGGAUUAAUCUUGGCUCAUAUAAAUCAUGGGUUACAGCAAUUACCAAUUUAAUAAUCAUCUUUUAUAUGAACAUGCUUUACAUGUAUGUUGCGGAUUGGUUGACAACUUUCGAAAACCAUCGAACAGAAACUAGCUAUGAAGAUUCAUUGAUUUUAAAAUCUUACUUAUUUGAUUUUGUGAAUUGUUAUUCCGGUUUAUUUUAUAUCUUGUUUUUUAAAGAAAAGUUUAUUAAAAAUAUUAUCAAUCAAGAAGGAAUAACAGGAUGUGAUUACACUAGUUGUAUGACGGAUCUUACAAUUCAACUCACAAUUGUCUUGGUUGGUAAACAAAUCUUCGGGCAAUUUAAUGAAUUCAUUUGGCCAUGGAUGAGGAGUGUAGUCUAUAAACGUAGGAUACGAGAAGAAUAUGUGAGAUAUACAAGUUCUGGGGAACGUAAAGAGGAACCUCAAUGGACAAGGGAUGAUAAAUUAUAUAGCGCUUAUGGAAGCGAAAGAUCUGAAUAUGAAGAAAUGGUUGUUCAAUUCGGAUUUAUAUCAUUAUUUGGAAUUGCAUUCCCUUUAACUCCUUUAUUUGCAUGGGCAAAUAAUGUAUUGGAGAUUCGAUCUGAUGCGUUCAAUUAUGUGUUUUCAUUACAAAGAACAAAUGGAAUUCGAGCACAAGAUAUUGGAAUGUGGGAAAAAAUCUUAAGUUUUGUAUCCCUAUUAUCAGUGUUAACAAACGCCAUAAUCAUGGCAUUUCAUUCUACAUGGAUGAGAAAUAAAUUUACUAGACUUUAUGGAAGUAACGAAAAUCAGCUAUUAGUUGCAAGAUUGGUUUUUAUUCUUCUUUUUGAGCAUCUCGUUUUUGUUGUAAAAUUAGCAUUUUCAUAUGUAAUAGCAGAUAUACCGCAAGAAGUCCAAUUUGCGAUUGAGAGAGAAAAAUACCUUUCCAAAAUAACGUUAGAGGAUGAAUCACCUGCUUUGGAUGAAUUUUUUUCUGAAAGUCGUGAUGAUGAUAGUUUAUUUGAAGAUGAUGAAAUAAAAUUACCAAAAAGACGUAGACCUUUUACUGCUGAUGAUGAUGUUUAA